AUGGCAAUAUCUCGUGAAGAGUAUGAUUACGCCGAUACCAUGAAGAGAAGUCAACUUGCAAAUGUUGCUUUCUACAUUCAGUCUGUGGCCGAGAUUGUCAUCCUUGCUAUUAUUGUUGGCAUCAUGUUUGGUCUUGAUUGGUGUCUGGCUGCUGUUUCUUUACCGUGGUUCUUUUUGGAAAAACGACGACCUGAACAGGAUCUGGGCUCUAGGAAUAUAAUCAUGGCCGGCCUGUCGCAACUCUACUUUGCAAUGAGCCAGGUGUGGAAGGCUGAAACAGAGUUUGCUAUAUCUCAUCGGUAUGUAUUCGUCCCCUCUCUCUAUCCAGGUUAUUUCCUACUGGGAGACUCAUUGAACACUACUGUCACCGUCAUUUCGACUUUACAGAAUAGCUUGGUAGCCUAUAACACAUUAGAGCUAACGUAUCUCUUGAUUGUGGGAAUUGCGGCCCAGGCUGUUGGUAUCUAUCUUUUCUGGGCCAUUCAGCAGCGCUACCGCCUCGGCACAAAGACCAUGUUCAAUGCCAUCGCAUUCGGUAUUGUUCUCCUUGAUGGCUGGGGAAUGAUAGGGAACUGGACCACCAAAUUUGGUUUUCAUCACGUCUGGGAGGUCUGGCCUUCUAUGGCUUACCGAUAUGCCCCUGGUAUAGUUACUAGUUACUCGCAGAUUAUGAUCUCGGUGACGCCCCGCGGCUACGAGUUCCUUUUUUUCAGUCUCUUCAGUAUUGUCGGAAAGACUUCGUCGUUCAUCGGUCCUCUUGUGUCCAGUGCUAUCAUCGAUGCUACGCCUUCGGGCAAUGUAUCUGCGCCGUUCUACUUUCUAUUUGGCUUAAGUUUAUUGAGCUUUGGAAUCUUGGUUGUCGGGGUGGAUCUGAAAAAGAGCCGCACGGAACAAGAGGGGUUCUUGAAGAAACAGCGCAGGUGA